GCAACAGAUGUGAAGUAAAUAUAGAUGAAUGCAUAUCUGUACCUUGUCUCAACAAUGGAAGUUGUAUUGAUGACAUCAACUCCUUUAAAUGUCACUGUAAGAGUGGUUUCAUUGGAACAAACUGUGAGACAAAUGCUGAUGAAUGUUUGUCAGAGCCUUGUCUUCAUGGAAGUUGCAUAGACCAUAUAGAUGGGUAUCGAUGCACCUGUGAAGCAGGAUGGACCAGCUUCAGAUGCGAGAUCAAUGUUAAUGAAUGUGAGUCUGCUCCCUGCAUAAAUGGAGGAUCCUGUCAAGACUUGGUCAGUGCAUUUGUUUGUAUUUGCCUGAGUGGAUACACCGGCGCAUUUUGUGAAGUAGAUAUUGAUGUUUGCAGUGAACCUUCACUGAACUCAACCCUCUGCUUCAAUGGAGGCAUAUGUGUUGAUGGGCCGGGAAGAACUUUCUAUUGCAGGUCAGUGGGAAUGUUUAUUUAUAACUGCUUCAGUUAAUAUACAUUGAUCUGUUAAGUUUACUAUGUGGGGAGAUUUUAUUACGUGCUAUGUGCAUUACAGUGGAUUUGUUUCCAUUAUAAAGGUUAUGUCA